AUGGCCUGCGACAUCAUAAAGUUCUACAAAUGGGGCAUGUUCCUCUGCCUCGUCAUCGCGACCAUCGCCCUCUACCUGGCCAUCAAAUGCCCGUAUGCUAGUGUUUGCCCGGCCGGCUUUGCCGCCAUGCUGAUGACGGGCAUCUUUGCUGCAGCCUCCGGGAUCUUCAUGUUCUUCGUGAAGCGCUCUUUGAGCCACGUGCGGAAGCUGCACAUGGAGGAUUUGUCCGCCAAGAAGAUGACGGCGAAGACGCGGCGCUGCGGCGGCAUCGCACGGAAGUGCCCCUGCUGGUCCCGGUGGCUCUUCUUCUUCAUGAGCGUCGGGGUGAUCAGCGGCUUUGCGGUGGGCGUGCUGUUGUCCACCUGCCCGGAAGCGGGUGAUAAGCUCUGGCUGGGGAAAGACUGCGAGAUGAAGACGCCUGACCCCAAGUCGGAGUUCGGAGUGCUCUUCGCGCUCUGGUUCAUCUUGGCCGUGCUCUCCACCCGGGUGAAUGCUCAGAAGAAGCCCUGGCCGUUCCUGUACGAGCCGGAGCCGGAGGAUACCACUUUCAAGGGCCGCGGCCUCUUCGCCUUUUGCGCGCCCUGCGACAUGCUCUCCAGGCUCGGCAUCCAAACCGCCAAGCCACCAAUUCAGGGCUCGCCGAGACGCGCUGCUGGGUUGCGCCAGGUUCUCGCAUUGCCGCCUGGCCUUCUGGACGCCCGCGCGGAGAUGGCGGAGGUCCAUCCGCAGGACUCUCUCGCGGCGCGGCGGCUGGAGUCGUUCCUGAAGGCGGUGGAAAGGAUGCCAGGGGAGCUGGAGAUCUUGGUGCAGAGGCGGCGCAAAAACCUCUGGGGUGAAGAGGAGGAGGAGAGGACCUGGGACAGUUCUGACUUCAACUGCGGCAAGAACGAGGUCAGGGCGUCCCGGGUCUGCCCCUUCCAGCGAUCACGAGCAGAUGGUCGGCACGUGCAGCGGCAGAUGCUGCGCCUCUAG